AUGUACCAGAAAAUGCAGACUUCCGACGAUGAGAUGAAGAAAAAGAAUGACAUGAUCACUCGGCUCGAAGAGAAAACCAAUCAAAUCACUGCCACCAUGAAGCAACUGGAGCAAAGAUUACAGGAGGCCGAAAGACACCGGACCUCCGCCGAAGAGGGAACCAGGCGCUUCAAGCUGGACUUUGCCAACAAGGCCGACAGCAUGCAACGGCAGAUCGCACAGAGGGAGAAACAGCUGCAGCAGCUUGAGACGGACCUUAAGAUUGAGAGGGAGUGGAGACAGACGCUGCAAAAUGACCUUCACCGAGAGCGGGAUGCUGUGGCCCAGCUCGGCACAGAGGCCCUGCAGAUAAAUGGGUUAAAAAAAGAGUUUCAUCGUCUUCAGGAUGAGAACGUGCAGUUAAAGUCAAUCUGUGAAGACCAGGAGCAGGCGCUGGAGGAGCUCGGCUCCAAACUGAGCGAAUCCAAAUUGAAGAUUGAAGACAUCAAAGAGGCAAACAAAGCCCUCCAGGGCGGUCAGGUUUGGUUAAAAGACAAAGAAGCCACCCACUGUAAGCUGUGUGAGAAGGAGUUUUCAAUCUCUCGACGAAAGCAUCACUGUAGAAACUGUGGAGAGAUCUUCUGCAAUGGUUGCUCUGACAACGAGCUGCCGCUGCCGGCCUCGCCCAAACCGGUGCGAGUGUGUGACACGUGCCACGCCCUCUUGCUGCAGCGCUGCUCCUCCAACGCCACGUGA